CCAACACAACUUAUUGCAUUCUCUGAAAGUCUCUCUGCUUUUUAGUACAAGUCAUCUUAUAAAGUGAGUCAAACGCGUUUUUUUACUGAAUUACUGCAAGAAUUUUUAUUUUGAUUAGUUUGCGGAAUUAAUUGUUGUGGAAUGCUGCAAUUGUACAUCAUCCUGGGCAUUGUGGCCAUUUAUCUCUACUUCAAAUGGCACCUGAGUUUCUUUAUUCGUCGAGGAAUUGCUGGACCAAAACCUCUGCCCUUCGUAGGCAAUUUAUGGAAUUAUGUUAGUUACAAGAAGCACUUUGGACAAAUCUAUGAUGAAAUGUACUUGUCUUAUCCAAAGGCCAAUUACGUUGGCUUCUUCAAGAUGUCCCAACCAGCAGUUCUUGUAAGGGACUUGGAUAUCGUGAAGAACGUCCUGGCAGGAGAUUUUUCCUCAUUUCACGAAAAUGACUUCACAGUGGAUCCAAAGUUAGAUCCUCUUGCCAUCAACAAUGUCUUUAUCGCAGCUGGGGAUCGAUGGAAAAUGAUCCGAAGUCAAGUAUCACCCCUCUUCACCUAUCCGAAAAUUAAGGCAUGUUUCCCAAUAAUAGACGUUGUAAGGCAAUCUCUUGUUAAAUACAUUGAAAGUGGUCCUGAAUCGACCAAUCCAGAUGGGAUUGAAACUAAAUCACUUGGAGAGAGAUUUACUACAGAUGUAGUUGCUUCUGUAGCCUUCGGGGUCGAAGGCAUGGCCUUUACGGAUCCUAAUUCAGAUUUUAAGCGUAUGGCUACAAGUAUAUUUGCGCCAAAUCCUGGAAACUUUAUUAAAUCCCUCACUUCACUAUUCAUACCACAAAUAGCAUCACUUUUUAGCGUGAGCUUCAUCUCUAAGGAUUUGGACACUUGGCUGAGAUCCAUCAUUAAUCAAAUAAUCAAAAGAAGGGAGGAAACUGGGGAGAUUCGUCAGGAUUUUCUCCAAGCUUUCAUUGAAAUGCGAAAGAAGGAUACUCAGAAUAUCCUUGACGAAAAUUUAAUAGUUGGACAAUCACUGACUUUCAUCACUGAUGGGAUUGAGACCUCUAGCACUCUAAUUUCCUUUGCUCUGUACGAACUGGCCCAACAUCCUGAAAUCACGAGGCUUGUUCAAGAGGAAAUUGACGUAGUUUACGAACGUCAUGGUGGCAGAAUGACUGAAGAAGGAGUCAUGCAGUUGGAGUAUCUCGAGCAAGUUCUCUUUGAGACCUUGCGAUUGCAUUCAGCUGUCUUUAGUCUGGCCAAAGUAGCCACCAAGGACUACACCUUCCCAUCCCAAUUUCCAGGAUCAAACCAAUGUCUGGCCAUUCCCAAAGGAACUACAGUCAUCAUUCCAGUCAAUGCCAUUCAUCACGAUCCUGCCCACUACCCAAAUCCCUACAUGUUUGAUCCAAGCCGCUUCUCAGAAAAUGAACGCAAACUCCGACAUAGGUACGCCUAUUUGGGCUUUGGAGAAGGACCACGAAUCUGCCUUGGUCAGAAGUUUGGCCUUUAUCAAACCAAAUGUGCCCUCUCGGCCAUUCUACGUCACUUCAACCUCACCCUCUCCCCCAAGACCAUAGUACCUCCGCCAGUGUCAAAGAAAAGUUUCCUGCUCGCGUGUGAAGAAGGUAUUUGGGUGAAGUUUAAGAAGAGGAAUACAGUAAAAAGAAUGUUACAAUUUUACGUGAUCCUAGUUAUUCUGGCCAUUUAUCUCUACUUCAAGUGGCACCUGAGUUUCUUUGUUCGUCGAGGAAUUGCUGGACCUAAACCUCUGCCCUUUGUGGGCAAUCUGUGGGAUUAUGUCAGUUAUAGGAAGCAUUUUGGACAAAUCUACGAUCAGAUGUAUCAAUCCUAUCCAAAUGCCAAUUACGUGGGAUUCUACAAACUCAAUCAGCCAGCAGUUCUCGUAAGAGAUCUGGACAUUGUGAAGGACGUUGUUGCCGGAGAUUUUUCCUCAUUUCACGAUAAUGACAUUGUGUUGGACCCAAAGCUCGAUCCGCUGUUUAUAUUGGAUCCAUUCUUCUCAAGAGGGGAUCAAUGGAAAGCACUGAGGAAUCUGCUAUCGCCGACUUUUUCCUACGCCAAAGUUAAGGCGUAUUUUCCACUGAUGGAAGAAGUUUGCAAGAAUCUCGUGGAAUGGAUUGAAAAUGGACCGGAAUCCAAAAGUGCCGAUGGAAUCGAAACGAAAUCGAUUGGCGAAAUGUACACCGUCGACGUGGUGGCGUCUUGUGGUUUUGGUGUGGAAGGAAAAAGUUUCACAAACAUAGAAUCACCCUUCCGUAAAUUAAUCGGCGAAAUCAUCAGUCCAACAGCUUCCAACAUCAUAAAGUUCUUUGUGACACUUUUUAUGCCAAAAAUUGCACCAAUUCUGGGCAUUCCCUUCCUCUCCAAGGACCAUGACGCAUGGGUUCGUUCUUUCGUGGACGAAGUCAUUAAGAGACGAAUAGAGAGGGGAGAGAAGAGGCAGGAUUUCUUGCAGGCUUUCAUGGAUUUGCAGAAAAAGAAAGAAAAUGCGGCCUAUGCUAAGGAUUUGCUUCCUGCCAUGGCAAUAACCUUCUUAACAGAAGGAACAGAGACUUCAAGCAGUCUGAUCUGCUUUGCUCUGUACGAGCUGUCAAAGAAUCCUGACGUUGUCAGGAGGGCUCAGGAAGAAGUAGACGCAGUUUACGAAAAAUACGGGAAAAUUACCGAAGAAGGAAUGAUAGAACUUGAAUAUUUGGAACAGAUUCUCUACGAAACCAUGCGACUUCAUUCAGCUGUCUUCAGUCUGAACAAAAUAGCCACUAAGGACUACACUUUCCCUUCCCAAUUUCCGGAAUCAAACCAAUGCCUGACCAUCCCAAAGGGAACUCCAGUUAUCAUUCCAGUCAAUGCCAUUCAUCAUGAUCCUGCUCAAUACCCGGAUCCCUACACCUUCGAUCCCAGCCACUUCUCAGAAUCCGGUCGGAAGGAACGCCACAAGUAUUCCUUCCUGGCUUUUGGAGAAGGACCACGAAUCUGUCUCGGUCAGAAAUUUGCCAUGUUCCAGGUGAAAGGUGCAAUUGCAGCGCUUCUUCGCAAUUUCAACUUUUCCUUGAACAAGAAAACGCAUCAACCGUUGAUAAUAUCCAAAGCAACCUUCAUGUUGGCAGCUGAAGGAGGUAUUUGGGUAAACUUUGAGAAGAGAAAACCCCAAUCAAUUUAA